UGUGCAGGAGGAUGGAGACAAGGGAGAGCGUGGUCCCAAGAGCCGGGGAAAUCCGGCUGCCCGAGCCGUUACCGGUCCGCGCAGUCAGGUCACCCUUUGUGUCCUUCCAUGGCUCUAAAGAAGGAAUUUAGCUGCUUAUGGAUUUUAGGUCUCUCUCUGGUAGCCAGUAAACUUUUCAAAAUCCCACCCAUCACAGAUCCGCACUUUAUAGACCUGUGCCUCAGUGCCCACAAUGAAUGGCGUGGCAAAGUCUCGCCUCCAGCUGCCGACAUGAAAUACAUGAUUUGGAAUGAAGGUUUAGCGAAGAUGGCUAAAGCAUGGGCAAACGAAUGUAAAUUCCAACAUAACAGUUGUUUAAAAAAACCAUAUAAAUGCUAUUCAGGUUUUGAAUAUGUUGGAGAAAAUAUCUGGUUAGGUGGAUUAAGGAUAUUUACACCAAAUGCUGCCAUUACUGCUUGGUAUAAUGAAACCAAAUUUUACGAUUUUAAUACUCUAUCAUGUUCCAAAGUUUGUGGUCACUAUACACAGGUAGUUUGGGCUGAUUCAUAUCAAGUUGGCUGUGCGCUUUCUAUGUGCUCUAACCUUGGGGGACCUUCAACUGCAAUAUUUGUAUGCAACUAUGGACCUGCAGGAAAUUAUGCAAAUAUGCCCCCUUACACGAAAGGAACACCCUGCUCUCUGUGUGCAAAAGAAGAGAAAUGCACUAAAAAGCUCUGCCGAGCUCCACAAAUUGUAUCUAACACAAAUACCUUAAACAUACCAUUGGGAAAAGCACCUCUGGAGAGAGCAGUAUGUAAUCCGUUCAGUCUAGGUUUUGUUCUUCUGAGACUAUUUUAAUUGUCAUUUCUAUAGGGAAGAAAUUUUCAAAUACGACAAUAAAGGAGCAAUU